ACCCCAUCACCAAAAUGCAUGGAUUUCUUCAAUUUUUUCUCAUCAAAUUACGUAAUCCAAAUCUCUUCAUCUUCCAACACACACACACACUCACGUAGUACUAUUUCACACUAACGCCAACACCGCCUCCUCUUAAAUUAAACUAAACGUAUUAAAAAUCCGAUCUCUUUCUUUCGCGCAUUUAUUCUGAUUUUAGUCUUCUACACGUAAUAACCCGGGACAAAUUGGAGAUCAAUCCUUUUCUUUUUCCCCUUCAUUUCUCUAUCUGGAUUCCCCCGAAUUGAAGUGUAUGUGAACGGAAAACAUGGAAAUUUCUUCAUCUCUUUUCACCGGCCCCUUGUUCUCAACCAUCGUUACAAUCUGCAUUCUGAUCCUGCUUUAUUUCCCCAGUCUUUUUCUCGGCAUCAUUUUCUCCCCUGUUUUGAUCUCAACUUCAAUUCUCUUGCUCUCCCUUCUUAGACUCGGCGCUAUCCAAAAGGAAAACAGAGUUUCUGAUGUUGAUCCAGUUCCCGAGGAACAAACCGACGAUGAUUGCAAAAGGGUCUCUUCAAAGCCCAGCGAAUCCUACGUUUCCGGGUCGGGUUCCUGCGAUAAUCACGAACAGAGCCAGUUGAUUAACAAUGAUUCUUUUGUUGGAUGGGAUGUUACGGCGCCAUUGGAAGUAAUCUAUGAAGGCUACGAAGGUCAAGGAGACGAAAGCGACGACGUUUCGGACGAAAUGGGAGAAUCCCGCAUGGCUAACCUUGAGAGGUACGCUUCCCUGUCGAAGUUCUACCCGGAGACUGAUUCGGAAUCAUCGCUGGAUGAAGAAUUCCCGGCGAGCAGAGGUUGGGAUCUGUCGGAAAAUAUUGGUUUCCGUUGGGAGCGAGAGGAUAGAGAUGGGAUGAUAGAGAUCGAACUGGAUGGAAAGGGUUAUAGUGAUGCCGAGGAUGAAGACGAUGAUAAUUUAAUCGAGAUCGACCUUCAUCCGGCGAGUAUACCGGCGACGUGUUAAGUUACUCCGGCUGAAAAAAUCAUGGGUUUUCCGAUGAGGUUUAGAUUACGUGUAACCUUGGUUAAUGGAAAAGACAUUAAUCAUGAAUAGUCUAGUAAGUAGGAUUAGAGGUUUCUAUGAGGUUUUUUGGGUUUGGGUAAAUACAGAGUUUUAUUGUGAAUUAGAACAUUGUUAAGAGUGCAUAAUUCUACUGUAAACGAGGGAAUUUCGAAUGACUUUUAAAGUUUUUUUUUUGGCACUCUUAGUCCCCGAAUGUUUGGGAUUCAACAAGUUUCACCUAAAAUAUUUUAAACUUCGCAUAC